GAUGGCGAGCCGGGCGGUGGUGAGAGCCGGGCGCCGCCAGCUGUGUCCCCGAGUCCGGGCCGCGGCCGCCGCCCCCGCCCGGGCCGCGCUCCCCCUCUGCUGCUCCUGCUCCCUCCCUCCCCACUCCAACUCCUCCUCCUCCAUGCCUCUGUUCCUCCUGCUCUUACUUAUCCUGCUCCUGCUGCUCGAGAACUCCGGAGCACAGCAAGGUGAUGGAUGUGGACACACUGUACUGGGCCCUGAAAGUGGAACCCUUACGUCCAUAAACUACCCACAGACCUAUCCCAACAGCACUGUUUGCGAGUGGGAGAUCCGAGUAAAGAUGGGAGAGAGAGUUCGAAUCAAGUUUGGUGACUUUGACAUUGAAGAUUCUGAUUCUUGCCACUUUAAUUACUUGAGAAUUUAUAAUGGAAUUGGAGUCAGCAGAACUGAAAUAGGCAAAUACUGUGGUCUGGGGUUGCAGAUGAACCAUUCAAUUGAAUCAAAAAGCAAUGAAAUUACAGUGCUAUUCAUGAGUGGAAUCCAUGUUUCUGGACGAGGAUUUUUGGCCUCAUAUUCAGUUGUAGAUAAACAAGAUCUAAUUACUUGUUUGGACACUGCAUCCAAUUUUUUGGAACCUGAGUUCAGUAAGUAUUGCCCACCUGGUUGUCUGCUUCCUUUUGCUGAGAUAUCUGGAACAAUUCCUCAUGGAUAUAGAGAUUCCUCACCAUUGUGCAUGGCUGGCGUGCAUGCAGGAGUAGUGUCAAACAUUUUGGGUGGCCAAAUCAGUGUUGUAAUUAGUAAAGGUAUCCCGUACUAUGAAAGCUCUUUGGCUAACAACGUCACAUCUGUUGUGGGACACUUAUCGACAAGUCUCUUUACAUUUAAGACAAGUGGUUGUUAUGGAACACUGGGGAUGGAAUCUGGUGUGAUUGCAGAUCCUCAGAUAACAGCAUCAUCUGUGCUGGAGUGGACUGACCACACAGGGCAAGAGAAUAGUUGGAAACCUGAAAAGGCCAGACUGAAAAAACCUGGACCUCCUUGGGCUGCUUUUGCCACUGAUGAAUAUCAGUGGCUACAAAUUGAUACGAAUAAGGAAAAGAAGAUAACAGGCAUUAUAACCACUGGAUCCACCAUGGUGGAGCACAAUUACUAUGUGUCUGCCUACAGAAUUCUGUACAGUGAUGAUGGGCAGAAAUGGACUGUGUACAGAGAACCUGGCAUGGAGCAGGAUAAGAUAUUUCAAGGAAACAAAGAUUAUCACCAGGAUGUGCGAAAUAACUUUUUGCCACCAAUUAUUGCACGUUUUAUUAGAGUGAAUCCUACCCAAUGGCAGCAGAAAAUUGCAAUGAAAAUGGAACUGCUCGGAUGUCAGUUUAUUCCUAAAGGUCGUCCUCCAAAACUUACGCAACCUCCACCUCUUUGGAAUAGCAAUGACCUCAAAAACACUACAGCCCCUCCAAAAAUAGCCAAAGGUCGUGCCCCCAAAUUUACUCAACCACUACAACCUCGCAGUCACAAUGAAUUUCCUGCACAGACAGAGCAAACAACUGCCACUCCUGAUAUCAAAAAUACUACCGUAACUCCAAAUGUAACUAAAGAUGUAGCGUUGGCCGCAGUUCUUGUCCCUGUGUUAGUCAUGGUCCUCACUACCCUCAUUCUCGUAUUAGUGUGUGCUUGGCACUGGAGAAACAGAAAGAAAAAAACUGAAGGCACCUAUGACUUACCUUACUGGGAUAGGGCAGGUUGGUGGAAAGGAAUGAAGCAGUUUCUCCCUGCAAAAUCAGUGGAACAUGAGGAAACUCCAGUUCACUACAGUAGUAGUGAAGUUAAUCACUUGAGUCCGAGAGAAGUCACCACAGUGCCACAGACCGACUCUGCAGAGUAUGCACAGCCUCUUGUGGGAGGAAUUGUUGGUACACUUCAUCAGAGAUCUACCUUUAAACCAGAAGGAGGGAAAGAAGCAGGCUAUGCAGACCUAGAUCCUUACAACUCGCCAGUGCAGGAGGUUUAUCAUGCUUACGCUGAACCACUUCCAGUUACUGGGCCCGAGUAUGCAACCCCAAUCGUCAUGGACAUGUCAGCUUCAGUUGGUCUGCCCUCCACAUCUACUUUCAAAGCUGCAGGGAACCAACCUCCCCCAUUAGUGGGAACUUACAAUACACUUCUCUCCAGGACGGACAGCUGCUCCUCAGCUCGGGCCCAGUAUGACACCCCAAAAGGUGGGAAGCCAGGACCUAGCGCCCCAGAUGAAUUGGUGUACCAGGUGCCACAGAGCAUGCAAGAAGUAUCAGGAGCAGGAAGGGAUGGAGAAUGUGAUGUUUUUAAAGAAAUCCUUUGAAGGUGAUGCUGCUUUUUACAAAGCAUCGUUUUAAAGCACAUGGCCUUUUUUUUUUUUUUUUAUUAGUGGUAGUAAUAUAUAGAAUGUAUUAUAUAUAUGUCACUGAGGUGGCUGGGGAAAAUGUGGUGACCAAGGUACAGGAAACUACUAAUCUUGCCAUCUUGCUUUAAAGGUGUUACUGUGGCACAGUUACUGCUUGCCUGUUAAAUUUCAAACAUCCUGUUUGUUACUACUGUAAAACACUAUUUUUAAUACAGAAAACAGUCCCAUUAAUGCACUUCAAAGAUUAAAAAUCACUGAGAGUAUUUAUUACCAGUGCUGCAGGUACUUUAAUGAUGUCAAGAAAUGGCUCUGUAAGCCUGACUGGCAAUAAUGCAUGGUACUGUUCUUGAAAUAUCUAAUGGCUUGAAAUACUACUCUUUGUGAAAGGUGGGUACUAUCAUGAUUUCCUCCUCUUCUAUUCCUAUAUUGCUUUCUGGAUUUCCUUUUUUUUUUUUUUAAAUAAUAGUGAUAAAAGCAUUGUUUUGAUUGCAGCCAUAUACACUCCUUAGGAAGACCUAAAGCUGGGAAACUGUGACUUGUAGUGAGCAGGAUGAUUGACUUUUUUCACUGUUUGACACUCUUAAGAGCUUUAACACUUCAUGGUACGUGACCAGUCUCUUCCCUGAGCUCCUUGGUGACUAGCCCCAUUCUUGUGUUUAUGUUUGUUUGGACUUUUUUCAGUGGAUGAUGCUUGCUGUAUCAGUCUCAUGGAUUCAGAUCCUCUGAGGUCUUUAAGUAUACUUCUCUAUGUGGAAACAGAACAACUUUACAAUUUAGAAAAACUGUAUAGAAGACUCUCCCCCAUACCCCAACUUUAUUUGCAAAGAUUUUUCCAAGGAGAGUUGUGAAAAGUUGAGGGCUUUUAAGUGAACUCUGUAAACAUGACCCACUUAUAUUUAUCACAGUGAAAGGCACAAUAAUUCAUUCAUAAGUAAUAUAAAUUGCCUUAAAAAUCAAAAUAAUCAGAAUUUGUUCUCCUUGGUUUUAUAUACACACAAACACAUGAAUUUUCCUUGAGUUUCAAGGUAUGUUUUUAUUUUUAGUCAAAUAAAAGAAUUUUUAAUUUUAGUUAUCCACAGUAAAAUAUAAGACCAACAUGUAUUCUCCAGUACUUGUGUACUGAUUGUGCCCUUUGUCUAUGUGGUAAAAGGUGUGAGUACAUGUCGUAACUAGAAGCAGACGUUAUAGCAUCCUAGCAAGUGAAUAUUUAUGCCUUGUUUUUGAUAGCUUCUGGCAACUUGUCACCUGCCCAGAAAUAGUUUUAUGUAGGGUAAAAUAGAAAUCAUCUGUAAUUUAGCCUAUAGUGUAAAAACCAUCUUUAAAAGUCUUUAGACUGGCAAAACAACAUGAGACACCCACUAUAUGAUAAAAAUAUAUAAAUUUGACAUGAUCUCUUCCAUAAACCUUAGUUUGUAGACUUAAUGUUAAAAUGUACUUUUCCAUCAGGUUCUAGUCAUUUCUGUUAGCCUGUGCCAUCAGAUUAUGAAGUUGCCAGAAUUCACUAAAUUUGAAUUAAAGAUGAACAGCUUGCUUCCAUGAGUAUAUCAGUAUUCUAAAACAUUGCUUCAAAAAGAGAAUUAUUUCUGAAACCUUCCUGCCCUCUUUUUGUAUGAUUUUGUCAGUUUUAUUUUCAUUUAGUUUUCCCUUUCCAAACUUUGAGGCACAAUUUCAUUCAUUAAAAAAUCAAUAUAUAUUUUGUUUUAAAAUAUUUGAAACAAAAAGCACAGAUGUUGAACUUUUAUUAAAAUUGUAUAUGAAUGUAUAAAGCACAUGUAUUAAUGCCGUCAUCCCCUUUCAGGUGGGAAGAAAGUAAACCAGUUGCUUUAUUAUUUUUUUUUUUCAUCCUUAGUACUCAGAGAAUAUGCUUUUCUUCAAGUCGUAUACCUAUGUGAAGCUUUAAAAGAGAUGAUUUAAAUAACUAUUUCAUUUUUCCAAAGAAGCUUGCUAUUUUUGUGUAAUUGUGUGUACCUGAUUAUUUUUCCCUGGAGCUUUUUUCUUUUCUUUUGAUGAGAGGCAAGUGUUUUCUGAAAUUAUGCAUAUUUUAAGACUUGAUUCAUAUUGCCACUAGACUGUCCUUGAACUACCAAUGAUUGUUAUAAAAUAUCUAGUUUUUACUACUUUUAUAUAUUUUACUUGCCAGAUGAAGAGCUG